UGUCCAUUUUGGAGAUAAAUGAUGAACCAGUCUGAAUGGCUUAAAAGGUCUGCCCUUUUGAUAAGUUCACAUUUAUUCAUUUAGCAGAUGCUUUUAGUAAAAGUGAAUUACAAAUGAGCAGCACAACAAGCGAUUCAUCCUAGCACUAGCGUAAGAAGUACUGUAAUGCAAAUUGUUCAAAAUAAAAAGAAUUAGAAUAGAGAGGAUUUUUUUUUUUUUAACGUUAAGCCACAGAAAGGAUUGUUUAUGAAGGAAGAAGAUUACGGCCUCUAGAUGGCGCUCUCUGUACUGCUUUUAACACUCAAGAAGAAAGAUAAACUUAUAUUAUCAAUGCAUAUAUUAUAUUGCAUUUUUUUUUUUUUUUUUUUUUUUACAUAGUAUUAUAUAAUCAUGCUCAAAACACCAGUGCAGAACUAUAAUUUUCUACUCUGUCCUUUAUUCUUAGUUGCUGUUGUCAUAAAUAUUUGGAUUUUUUUUUUUUUUUUAUGUUAAUAAACGAUGUGGUUCUAUUUUGGGUUCCCAUGGAAGACUGUAACUUUAACCUUUGAAAGCAGAUAUUCAAAAUAGUUUUCUACAGAUGCAUAGUUCCCUUGAUGCAUCAUCACUCCACCCCACUUUCUCUUUCAUACAAAUAAAGGGGAAACAACCACCAAUUGUUCAUGUGAAGACGUUGUUGUGAGCUUUGAUAACACACCUGCAGGAAUAACGGAAGGAAAGGACUGAAAAUGGAGAAUGUGACCAAUGCAACAACGCUGCAAGAACCCUUAUCAAGCAUUGAAAUCUUCAAUAUAUUCAUAUAUUUUGUCGUCUUCGCUCUGGGUAUUGUUGGAAACGGGCUCGUCAUAUUUGUGACUGGCUACAAAAUGAAGACGACCGUCAACUCCAUUUGGUUUCUCAACUUGGCAAUUGCAGACUUCAUCUUCAUCUUAAUCAUCAUCCUCUACAUUGUUACUGCCUUUAACAAGAUGGCUUGGCACUUCGGUGACUUCAUGUGCAAGUUUGUCAGCUUUGUGGCGGUGCUUAACAUGUUUGCCAGCAUUUUUCUGCUGACUGCUAUCAGUCUUGACCGAUGCCUGUCCACAUGGGUGAUUGUUUGGGCUCAAAAUAAACGAACUCUGGUCAAAGCCAGGAUCAUCUGUGCACUCAUGUGGGUUUUAUCCAUCCUCUGCAGCAUUCCCUUUGUCAUCAACCGCUUGGAAAAGAGUAACCGAUGCACGUAUAAUACCUUGAGUAUCUUCAAGUCUCUGGUCAUAUACAGGUUUAUGGUGGGUUUUCUCAUCCCCUUCCUGAUCAUUGCAUCUUCAUACAUUGCUAUUGGAGUUCGGGCCAAACGUCUCAAAAGAGGAAAGAAGCUUAAGCCUUUCCGGGUCAUUAUAUCUGUGAUCAUGGCCUUUUUCAUAUGCUGGUUUCCUUUUCAUGUUCAACAGCUGUGUACUGUAAUUGCACUCGAGAAUAAGUGGAGUGGCUUUAUUAUAGAAGUAAUAACUGACAUAGGACCUUUUGUAAACUGCCUGGUUCAUCUCAACAGCUGUCUGAACCCCAUUCUCUAUGUGUUCAUGUGUGAGGAGUUUAAGAAGAAGCUUAAACAGUCUCUGCUGCUGGUGCUGGAGUCGGCGUUUGCUGAAGAACAUCUUUCUUUUCGAUUAUCCCGCCCUUCCACUUGUUCUGGCCUCUCAGAAUCACAAGGUCUCAAGACGAACGACACAACCAUCUCGUCAACAAACAAAUACAACAAAACAAGCUUUCAGAAGAUCAGUCCUGAAGAUAUUCAUUCCUUCUAUUAGACUAAAGUGGUCCAAUAUAGCAUAUUAACAAGCUCUCCACUUUGCUCCCAUGCAAGAUCAGCAGAGGUUCAAAGCCAUAUUUGUUCUGAAGAAAAUCUAAAGAUGUAAUUUAUGUGCCAUUAAAAUUACUUUUCAGACAGGAGAACAGACCCCGUUUUGCAUUGGUUGGACAAACAGAUAGUUCCGCCCCAAACUCACACCAUUGGUUGACUCACUGUGUUGUUGCAUCUAUAGUGGUUGGGAUGCUAAAAUGUUUUAUAUUGUUUAUGCUUUUUGUGGGAAACAUACAAAUGUUUUAUUGUGUACUUGUCUCUGCUUGUUUAAGAGCCUUUGGGGAAAUAUUUAAACACUGAAAAAUAUUUUCAACAUAUUUUUUCUUGUUUUACCUUUUUACUGCAUUUCAUUUUUAUUGACAUUAAGCCACAUUUGUAAUAGGCUUCUGUUAAUUUAGUGCUACUGUAUAUUUUGCUAAUGUUUAUUCAUUCACCAAAACUGAAGAAAUUCCUCCUGAAACAUUCUGUCUCUAAUCUUCCUUUUUUUUUUUUUUUUUUUAAGAACAUUUUUUUAUGUUAAAUUCUGUUUACUUUUGCUUUUAUUUUUAGGCAUAACACAAAAGUCACAGUGUUAAACCUACCAUGAUUUUACUAUGGCAACUAAUUAUGUUUUACAGGUCAGCUCCAACACUGGCUAUAUUAUAUGGGCUCUAUUAUUGUAAUAUGAAGAAUAAAUAAAAUAAAGAAGCAUAAAUCCAUCCAUCAAUCCAUCCAUCCAUCCAUCCAUCCAUCCAUCACCACAUGAUCAAAGCUAAUUAUUUUCCAUGAGUUAUACACUGAAUGGAGAAACUUGAGUUCCUUGUGCAAGAGCAGUGUUUACCAACC